GGGAGUCAAAACAGGCAACAAACAGCAGCGCACACCUCCACGCUUCUCCCGUGGCCUUACUAUGGUUCACACCUGUGUGGUGGCCGGCUGUAGGAACAGAAGGACACCGGGCACCACCUUAUCUUUCUACCGCUUCCCCCGGGACCCCGACAGGAAGCAGCGCUGGAUAGCUGCCGUGAACCGAGAGGGCUGGGUGCCCAACGACGGCAGUCGGCUGUGUAGUACUCACUUCAUCUCAGGUAAACAGGUGAAGAAUCCACGUUCGCCAGAUUAUGUUCCUUCUGUCUUCACCUCAGCUCCCUUAUCUCCAGAGAUGAAGGAGCCAGGUGCCCUGGAGAUCCUGGACAAGCAGGAAGCACGCGUGGAGGCAGCCAAUGCCCUGCUGUUCCUGCAGGGCCAGGGCAGGUCUGUGGCGGGGGAGCGGGGCCAGGAAGAGCAUCCUGAGGAGCGGGAGCAGGAGGCUGCUGUGGUGGAAAGUGCGUCCCCUUCCCCCAGCACAGAUGAGGAUGACGACGACGAUGAUGAUGAUGGAUCUAUGAGUGAAAGCAAGAGAGGAAAGUUCGCUCAGGCGUCUGAUGUUAACUUUGAGGAUGUCCUGAAAGCCUUGAAGAAGGAGAACCAGACCCUCCGGGAGUCUGUGGACAAAAUGUCCCUCUCUGAGAACUCCUUGAGGAACGAUGCAGAGAAGGUAAAGUUCUACACUGGCUUACCAAACUACUUUGUCCUGGAGACGGUCAUGUGGCUGCUGGCGCCGCACAUGGACGGGAUGAAAACUGUGAAGCUCUCCAAGUUCCAGCAGCUGCUGCUAACGCUGAUGCGUCUCCGUCUGGACCUCCGCAACCAGGACCUGGCCUACCGCUUUGGAGUUAAAGUUGGCACGGUAACCAGAACAGUGCACCAGAUGGUCAACAUCAUGUCCUCCACUCUGGUGCCGACAGCUGUCUUCUGGCCUUCUAGAGCCGAGCUGCGGAAAAACUUGCCGGCAGCUCUGCGCACCUCCCACCCCGACUGCGCUGUCAUCAUAGACUGUUUCAUGGUGCCUUUUGAGGGGCCGGUCUCCCGGGGCAACCAGCAGCAGCAGCAGAGGGCAGUGCCAAGCUCUCAGGGGGUGGGGACAAGUCAUAAUGUAUUAAAGUAUCUGAUCGGUGUGGCCCCGCAAGGUGUCGUCACCUUCGUCUCCAGGGGCGUGCUGGGAAAUGUCAGUGACAAAAGCCUGGCUGAGGGCUGCGGCUUUCUGUGCAAGCUCCUCCCAGGCGAUGUCGUAUUGGCGAGUCGUGACCUCGACAUCGCCGAUUCUGUGGCCGCCAGAGGAGCUCUGUUCAAAAUCGCUGGCAGCUACCAAGCAGAGGCGCAGGGGAGCUCAGGGUGCUCGCCGCCGGCUGAUGCUUCCUCUGAGACAGUGAGCGUGCAGAGACAUGUGGAGAGGGUGAUCUCCAUGGUGAAGCAGAGGUACGCCAUGCUCACAGGCCCAGUCGAGAGCCCCUUCACCACAGUCUCUGAGCGCACGUCGAACCUCUCAACCUUUGAUAAGAUUGUGCAAGUCGCCUGUGCCUUAAACAAUCUGUGCAUCUCUGCUGCUCCACUAGAGUGAUUCGUACACUUAGUGCUCCUUAAUGCUGGUCACUUACGUUCCCUUUACUGCUUCGGACCUUAUUCCACGUUACCCACUGCAUCCCAGUGUCAACACUACAUGUUCACUAUAGACAACUGAUUUCUAACUAUACACCUUAGUUUACACUUUCAGUGGAUGUGACUCCCUGUUAUCCAAAAACCACAUUGCCAGGAUGUCAUGUCAUUAAAGGGAUAGUUCAGAUCUUUUGAAGUGGGGUUGUAUGAGGUAGUUAACCACAGUCAGUGUGUUACAUAACAUUGAUAUCAGUCGGCACACCCCCUGUUUGGAGAAGCAGGCUGGAGUUGGACACAGAAGCUAAGUGAUGUUCUGCUGUGGAAGUAUUUUAGUCACCCCAAAAAAUCGUUGCUGGUCCAACACUGCCUCGAUUGGUGACUUUGGCGUUUUAAGUGGUUAGUGUGGAUUCACCAAAGACACAAAAUAACACAAACUAACUAACUAAAGUUACUGUUUUUUCAGCAUAGUCAACAAUGUCUCACUCUGAAGUCGUUGAAAUCUGGCGCUCAGGCAGUGUCUUGCGGCGUCAGACACUGACGAAAAAAGCUGGUUGCUGUUAAAGUUUAACAGCGCUUGGUGGCAUCAGGGGGGAAUGCAGCGUGACAAGAACGAAUGUUAAGGCGGCGAAAGUCCAAAGAUUGAGUGUUUCUCACUGGAUUUUGCUUUUGACUGGAUUUAAAAGUCUCUGAAAGAGAUUACACACCAUCCUGGAGACAAUAAAACUCUCCAAUGACACAGUUAUCUUCGGGGUAACAGUAGCAGGAUGAAAACUAUGCUAGUAGCUCUGUGGGGCUGAACUUGUGGGGCACAGCUGUGCUUUAAGCUAAAUACUCCAAAUGGUUAUAUGCUGAUGUUUAUUAGGUAUAAUAUCAACCAUGUUCACCAUCUUAUUUUAGCCUGUUAGCGUGAAAACAUUUGCUAAUUGGCAGCCCUUGAAAAGGUCCAGUGAAUGGGCCCUCAACAAAUUUGCUUUAAUCAAAAUCAAUGCAUAAAUGUAAACUGACUGAGAGACAUGAAGGCUGCAUUGUAGGGAUGCAUGAUAUUGGAUUUUUUUGCCGAUAUUCGAUAUGCCAAUAUGUAACAACCGGCAGGAGAGGUGGUGGAUGGGUCCAAAAAACACUUACCUUAACCCAGGAGAGUGGUGUUCGCGUCCUGUAAGAUUAUAAAGCCAAAUCCUGUUCUUUUUUCCUAAACCUUACCAGGUGUGUUAGAUGUUGGAAGAAAAAAACAUCAAUUCACGCUGUUGUACCAACACAGUGCUUUUAUUUUGAAAGAGACUGCAUGUAACCAGCAAAUUUCUAUGAAGUGUAUUUUGAAAGAAGGCAAUGCAUUCAACAGGUAGAACUUGACACGGCGUCCCAGAAUGUCAACAACCAGCACACCCAGGGUACGUUACACGUCUUAUGUGGACGUUGAAAGUCCAUGACCAAACGUCGAUAUGUGACGAGAUCGGAGUGAGAAUGCGUUGGUGGAGUCUGGUGGCUUUGACAAGAGUAUAGCUGUGGAACUUAGGCCGUGAUGGCGAGUUAAAGCAGUGAAAAUAUUCUAAAUGUAGUGUAGACUCAGCAGUACGUGUCAGCUUCUGUGGACUACUCAUGCUUUUCCAAGCUUGGUGACAUGCCAACAGAAUCUACUUCAUGGAAUACACCAACUAUGGAUAAGUACUUCAUACAGCCCCACUUCAAAAGAUCUGUACUAUCCCUUUAACUUAUGCAACUCAACUGACAGAGAAUGGCAAGCUUGCAAAAGGUGUUACGUUUUCAUUUAGGCUUUGAAUGACAGCUGUGUGAGUAAAAAGUACCUUUAAAUGUAUCCUCAAUAGCCAUUUGUAAAUAUGAGGUAUGUAAAGUUAUGUCUGGGUGGUGCAGGCAAUGUUCCGUCAUAUCCAAUCCUGUGCAAUGCAACAGUCUGUGUCAUCCCUGACCAAUACUACAGCAGCUGAAUUUACUGAUUGAUCCCUCGCUGUGUUGCAGAAAGUUGGUCAGACUAGCUGCUUUGUUGCCUCCCUGCUUACAAAACAGGCUGAAAUAACGAGCAGCAUGGACAGUAAUGCAGCCCGCUCCCUGUGCAGCGAUAGAAACAUGUCAUAGCUAAUGAGCUUUGAGGGCUUACUUUUUUUACUUUUUCUUUUUGCCUGCCAGCCAGAUUUUACAACAAUAGAAUACAAUCACUACGGGAUGAUUAGCUACCUGUUAGCGCAGACAAACAAACCACCCAUGGACCAGUUCACCACCAUAUGGCCGGAGUCUGGUGUUAAUUUAUCUGCUGCAGAAACAGCUCAUUGUCGGGGGGUUUCCAACAAUAGCUUCCAGGUUGGCUGCACAUCUUGGGAAACCAGAAGGCUCUGCUGGUACUGAUAACUGUUUCUCACAGUAUAAACUGCUGGGUGGUAAAAUAACUGACCGAGAAGAUGAACAGUUUUUACCACAGGUCAGGAUUGAGUACAGUACAACACUCAUGGAUUGGCACACCAGGUUGAUGCUCGUCCAUUCAGUGACUGUGUUACUAACAAUGAUGUCAGUAUUCACCACACAAGUGUUUCAAUAUGUUCUGCCAGUAUAAUUUAAGGCUACUUAUUUAAUACAGAGCUUGAGAUUUCUAUAAAAACAUUCUUUAUGCUGGUGAGGAAGAAAAGAUUACAGCUGGUAAUUUUCUAUGAGUAUAUAUUAGUUUAACAUCGCCUAAAAUGAACCACCAUAUGUGCACCAUAUGCACAGGAUUCAACAUAUUAUAAAGCAAUCACUCACACAGCCUGCAACUAAGUGUGAGGGUACGUAUGAUACGGAGGACAGAAGAUGCCAAAAUCAAUAAGAAAUAAAUAAAUAAAUGGCUCAAUGAAUACAUGAAUAUACCAUUACAUGUACCAAAAAUAAUAUAAAUUAAUGUAGAUAUAAGAUAAUUUAUUCAGUGUGACUUUUUUAUUAUUGUAUUGAUUCCCUGAGGUAUUUACUUUCCUAUUUAAUUUUCCUGUUUAUUUAUUUAGAUAUGGAUAUACAAUUGCAUUGUAAAUGCAUUUAUUUAUUUAUGGAUUAUUUUUCCUUUUGGAUAUCCACUUUUUAUUUCCCCCAAAUUGUUUAUUUUGUGUGUGUGUAUAUAUAUAUAUAAUAUAUAAUUAUUUUUUUUUAUACAUUUGAGGACUGCUGCCUUGUUUUGCAACAGUGGGGAACAGUUUUGGGAAAAUAAAUAGGGGUGGAUGCAAAGAAAAAAUAAUAAAUAAACAAAUUGAAAAAUUUUUAAUUUAAAAAUAGAUGCAAAAAAUUUAUUAUUCAAAAAAUAAUAAUAAAUAUGUAAUGGCAAAUUAGCUAGGAAAGUAAAUAUGUAUGGAGAAAUGAAAACAUGUAAUUAGAUAAAGAGGCAAAUUAAAACAGAAAUGUCUAUUUAUGUCACAUUAUUAAUUUAUGUGUAAAUUUAUUUUUCAAAAUUUUUAGUGCAUUUAAAGGCAUAUUUACUUUUUGAGUUUAUAAAGUAAUUUAUAUAUUUAUUAUUGAUUUUGGCAACUUCCAUCCUCCGUACUAGGUAGGGAGGCCGGACUAAAUGGGAUGGUUUUGGGGGUUUAAUUGUGCAUUUAAUUGCGUGUUGACAUCAUAGAAUCAGUGGCAAUAAUGUGACUCGAGCUUGAGAAAGAUAUAAAAUAUUUUUUUUCACAAACACUGAAGUGUUAACGAGGUUCAGCUGUGCAUGUCUCUUGGAGAAUGUACAUUUAAUUUGUGGCGCUUUAAUUCUCAUCUGCUUUGUUCUUUGUGUUCUGUUGUAACUGACUGUUAAAGUUUGGACCAUGAGCACACACCACAGAGGUGUUUCAGUCAGCUACAGUACGACGGUAGAGGCUGUUAUCCAGAUAUGAAAAUGCUUUUUUAAUGUCGUUAAUCAUGUGUCUAAUCAAGCUCAUACUUAAGCUCGCAUGUUGUCACAGAAACAUUAAUCACUUGCGUAAAAUACGACCCUGCUUAUUGAAAAGCAUCUUGUUGUCCUGCAUUGCUGGUGCCUUAGUUUGUAAAGCUGGUACUGCUGAUACAAAUUAGCCGUGUUUUCUACAAAUAUUUAUUUUUGCAUCGUACGAUAUGCUUUAGAUCCUUCUCCUGUUACUAAGCUAAAUGUGCAUCAACUGUCCCUUAUUAUUAAUCACUAUGUGUGUACAGUUAGCGUUACCAUUUAUGUUUAUGUUUCCUGCUCGUCACUCUUUUACCAUUUAAAGUGUACAAACUCAAAAUGAUGUCAAGUCAUUGGGAAGCUUCUUCCAGUCCUACAGCAGUGUGUGGUUCAGAUAGGCACGCUAUGGUAGCCCAAAGUGGAAUGUGCCUUCUCGGAUGUUCCCUCCCAUGGACGGCUCUGUGUCUCCUGACCAGUCGUGUUUUACAUAUGCUUGUAAUGUUUGCUGUUUGUGGCUCCUGAAGAACAUCAGACUGACUGUAUGUUUACUCUGUGGUUUAUUUUUGUUGUUUAUGUUGGUGAGUGGUGUUUUCUUUUUCUAUCUAGCCAUGUUGGUCACCACUGUUAAUGUUAACUACCCACUCUGUCUGCUGGUGGAUCCAGACCAACAAGAAACACAAAGUUAGUAAGUCCCUCCAGGAGUUUGGGGACUUUUUUGGGGGAAAUAGUUGCAAACCAAAAUGCCUGUUUUCAUGGCAGCUUUUCUAAAAAAAAAUGGGGAAAAUGCUGUUCCAUCACAACGUUGCUCACGGUGCACAACAGUUUACCCUGCUUUCAUUCAGAACAUCAGGGAAUUGACCUUUUGCUAAGCCCCGCCCCUUUGUGAUGGUCCGACAAGCUGUCGCAGUAAGCAUGGAGCCCACACUGUAACUAACUGCACUCCCUGAGGAUAUAUUACCAUAUUUUUGGAAAAAUGAAGCAGUGAUUCCAGAGAGAAGCAGACAGAGGGGUCUACAGUGUGUGUUUGAAGGAUAUAUCCAGGAUGUCAAACUGACUCAGCAGCAACAACAGGUUAAAAAGACAAAGAUAGUUAGAAGCUAAAGCCGAACUAUAGGCUACAGAUCACCGUGUAAAAGUGAACCACCACAUCACUGCUGAUCGCCACACAAGACAAUGAAUAUAAAGGGAAACUAUGCUGAUAUUGAACCAGCUGUGUGGCAUCGCAGUGUGUGCAGAUGAACCGUGUUAGGGCAGGGAUCUCCAGGGGAAGUCAAACAGCGUUCAUCUGCGCACACUGUGAUGACACACAGCUGGUUCAAUAUCAGCAAAGUUUCCCUGCUUCCCUUCACUGGUUCCUGUACAGCAGGGUCGGUCUUUGUUUCACUGUUAUAAUCAUUACAAAGCAAAAGCAGCAUGUGUAUACAUUCAGUAGGCUAUAUCUUCAGUAGCUAGCUAGCUAACCCUACACUUUUCAGGGUUUGAUUCUGGUUUUGGAACAGUUUUCCAACCUCUCCAGGUAACGAGUAUCAUUAAUACACGACGUGCCCCAGACACAACAUUUAGCUCCAAAUCCACAAAACCAGCCUGAAAAUGAAGUUAAUCUGAAACGACUGCAUUAGAGUCAAUGGAGCACAGCUGUGUUGUUGGCAGACCCUGGUCUGAGACUGCGUCCAGGGGUGGGACUUAGCGAAGGGUCAGUUGCAUUGCAUGGUCUUAAGCAAUAAUUUUUGUUGGUAAAUAAGAUGUUCUUGCAUGUCUGCAUCUUCACAUGAUUGGUGAAGUUCAUGGCAAACUGCGACGAUUGGUCAAAUUUGUGGAAAAGUUGCGAUAAUUGGACAAAAUUAAAAGGUUGCUCUGAAUUCACAGGGAUUGAUUGCAUUUGUGUUAAUUGUUGGGCCAUGAGAACAUCCUGGAGGGGCUGAUUAGCAAUUAGCACUACUUAGACUGAUGGAAACAUUUAGAAAUAAUUUCUUUAAGCAAUUUCUAUUCUUCGGUGGUGCAUGUGCUUCCUGUCUUUGCUCACCUCUGAUUUCUGCAUCUUGAGUGCUUGUUGGUUAAAAGGUGGAGAAGAAAGCGUUCAGAUGGGAGAGCUGCUGCUAGACUCUGAGAGUGAUCAUUUGACAGUGGGAGCAAAAUUUGUACCUUCCUGUUUACUAGAGGACUGUUAUCAGGUGCCGAGGAUAGUUAACUGUAACCUUUUCCCUGUCACCACUGUCCAUGACCUCUGCUCCUCAAUAAUCACCUUCUGGGUUGACACGAAUGAAACAUGUUCUCAGUUUGGCCCUUAAUCGUUCCGUGUGCAUGUGCUUCCACGAUGUGUGUAACCUCCUACAGGUUUAAUUUCAUGUUCAGUUGUUCGUCAUUAUUUCCUCUGUGACUGAGAAAUUAAAGUUUGGGAAACGCA